CAUAGACGAAGGAAGUUGUAUAUCGCUUACUCAAUGUGAAUUUUUCAUUGGAGUAUCCGUUAUUGUUUCGGUUUUAACCAGGAAUGGCUUUAUCCAUUAGAACAGCACAGUCGCCAUUGUCGUGCCAGUUGUGUGACAAUCCUAACGUUAUAAAAUGGAAAUGUAAGGAUUGUGAAUUGUUAAUGUGUGACACCUGUAAGGAACGUAUCCAUCCUAAAUUUAAACUGUCGGAAACACAUACUAUACUUGCCAUUAAAGAUAUUGGUAAAGAGGAAAGUGAUAUUUCUGCUCAGUUUGGAUCGUUACAAAUUUCACAACCUGUGAUAGCGUCACUACUAUCUACGUAUACGUCAAAAUUUGCUUGUUUCGGCAAAAUCCAAUAUUCUAGCAAUGACACACUCUACUGCUCGUACCAUACAAAAGAGUCCGGAUAUAAGUUUUUCGUUAUUCGGUUUUUGAAAGAAUCAAUAAGAGUGUUGAAGGAAUUAGAUAUAAAAUGUACAGAUUUUGCAAUCAGCAGUAAAGAUGAGAUAUUCUACGGACAAUACCAUGGUUCUGAGUUAAAAGUUGUAUCUACUGAUGGGGUUAAAAAUAUCGUUCUUAAUACUUCACCGAUGGUAAUAUUGGGUAUACAUAUCAAUAAAGACAACGAGAUCAUUCUAGGUCUACGAGAGCAAGGGUCUAUAUUUCCUGUCACAGAAUUUAGAACCAGGCUAAUUGUCGUAUUCGAUGUAAAUAACAAACGAAAAUUAAAAAUAGAAUACGAUCAAAAUGGUGAAAAAUUGUUUAGUUAUGUCUGGAGAAUUUCCACUGAUUCAGAUAAUAACAUUUAUGCAAUUGAUCAAUUUGAAAAUUUCGAUGGACGUAUAAUCGCUUUGGAAAGAUCUGGUAGUGUAAAAUUCUUUUACAAAGGUCACGAUAGUGUUAAUACCCCGGAUACACCAUUUAAUCCAAUUGGUAUUGUUAUCACAAAGAAAGAUAUCAUUAUAAUAUGUGACAAAAAUAACAAUUCUCUACAUGCUUUGAAUACAAAAGGAGAUCUGAUUGGCUUACAAACUGUAACAUAUCUUGGAGUAGAAUUUCCGUUUAGUCUUUGCUUGGAUAGUGAAGGAUUUUUACUAAUUGGGUGCAACACCAGGAUCAACAAAGCAAAUAAUGCCAAAAUUCAUGUUGCAAGAAUAGCAUUAUGA